GGCAGGAGGGGUGGUAGCUCGCGUGGGAUUCUCAGCUAGAGGAGGCUGAAGCCGCGUCUGUCGCGGGCAGAGUGCGGAGGCCUCGCUGUGCUCAGUGCAGGCUCAGAAGAUGGACUUUUAUGCAUGUUCCCCCUUUGGUGGUAUUGUCAAUCCAUGUUGAAUACUGAGAGGGAAUCUUGGAGAUUGCAUAAAUCUUUGUUGAAAACUUGGCUGCAGGCAGCUGAACUGAAAUUAACUGCUGCCUUCUGGCUGUGGAGCACUAUUCUAACGUUCUUGUGUGAUAGUCUGUAGACUAAAUCAUGCCAGCUUUAUCAACUGGAUCUGGAAGUGACACAGGUCUGUAUGAGCUGCUGACUGCAUUGCCAGCCCAGCUGCAGCCACAUGUAGACAGCCAGGAAGACCUGACCUUCCUCUGGGAUAUGUUUGGUGAAAAAAGCCUUCAUUCACUAGUAAAGAUUCAUGAGAAACUGCAUUACUUUGAAAAACAGAGCCCUGUACCCAUACUCCAUGGUGCGGCAGCCUUGGCAGAUGAUCUGGCUGAGGAGCUGCAGAGCAAGCCGUUGAACACUGAGAUCGGAGAGCUGUUGAAAUUACUGUCGAAACCAAAUAUCAAGGCUUUGCUCUCUGUACAUGAUACUGUUGCUCAGAAGAACUAUGAUCCAGUAUUGCCUCCCAUCCCUGAUGAUAUUGAUGAGGAGGAAGAUUCAGUAAAAAUAAUCAGACUGGUCAAAAAUAGGGAACCACUGGGGGCCACUAUUAAAAGGGAUGAACUUACUGGUGCGAUUGUGGUGGCUAGAAUAAUGCGAGGAGGAGCUGCAGACAGAAGUGGUCUUAUUCACAUUGGUGAUGAACUUAGGGAAGUCAAUGGGAUUCCUGUAGAUGAUAAAAAACCGGAAGAAAUAAUACAAAUUUUGGCUCAGUCUCAAGGAGCAAUUACGUUUAAAAUUAUACCUAGUAUCAAAGAGGAAACACCCACAAUAGAAGGCAAGAUGUUUAUGAAAGCCCUAUUUGACUAUGAUCCUACUGAGGAUAAAGCAAUUCCUUGUAAAGAAGCUGGGCUUUCUUUCAGAAAAGGAGAUAUCCUUCAGAUCAUGAGCCAAGAUGAUGCAACCUGGUGGCAGGCUAGACAUGAAAGUGAUUCCAAUCCCAGAGCAGGCUUGAUCCCUUCAAAACAUUUCCAGGAGAGGAGAUUUGCAUUGAAAAGACCAGAAGUACAUAUGCAGCAACUGAAAAUUUCCAACAGAAAAUCAUAUGAGGAAAUGGUUGAGUGUGAGGAAAUUGAAGAAGAUGCUGAAUGUGCUGGUUACAACAGUGGAACCUAUAUAGCUGGUUUUAGGAGAAGCUUUCGUCUUAGCAGAAAAGAUAGAAAGACAAAUAAAUCCAUGUAUGAAUGUAAGAAGAGUGAUCAGUAUGAUACAGCAGAUGUCCCAACAUAUGAAGAAGUUGCACCAUAUCGACGACAGCCUAAUGAGAAAUACAGGCUUGUAGUUUUGGUCGGUCCUGUGGGUGUAGGCUUGAAUGAACUUAAACGAAAAUUGUUGAUCAGCAAUACCCAGCAUUAUGGUGUAACAGUACCACAUACGACUAGAGCAAGAAGAGGCCAAGAAAAUGAUGGUGUUGAGUACAUUUUCAUUUCCAAGCACUUGUUUGAGACAGAUGUACAGAAUAACAAGUUUAUUGAAUAUGGUGAAUAUAAAAACAACUACUACGGUACAAGCAUAGACUCUGUUCGAUCUGUUCUAACUAAAAACAAAGUUUGUUUGUUGGAUGUGCAGCCUCAUACUGUGAAGCAUUUAAGAACAUUAGAAUUUAAACCAUUUGUGAUAUUUAUAAAACCUCCAUCACUUGAGCGUUUGAGAGAGACCAGAAAAAAUUCCAAGAUUAUUUCAAGCAAAGAUGAAAAAGUGGCUGCAAAACCCUUCACAGAAGAAGAUUUUCAAGAAAUGAUUAAAUCUGCCCAGAUGAUGGAAAGCCAAUACGGCCAUCUCUUUGACAAAGUUAUAGUCAACGAUGACCUCACUACAGCUUACAAUGAGUUGAAAACAACAUUUGACAAAUUGGAAACAGAGACCUUUUGGGUUCCAGUCAGCUGGUUGCAUUCAUAACACUACAAAUAAGAAAUAUAAAUGAUGAUAGUUCAUAAUCUUUUUAAUAAAGUGCAUGGUUAGAACUCAAUUAGUUGCCAUUUAAUUGGUGUGAGGGUUUUCUAACUUUGGCAAACUGACUUGUAGUUAAGGACUUGGUGUAAUUGGAAUGCAGGUCUUCUUUUUCUGUAUCUUAAACCAUCCUGUUCCGAAUUCGGGGACAAUAAAAUCACAUUGAAUCCAAGUCUUAUCAGAUGCAAUAUACUGAGUUAGUAGUGCACCCAAAACUACUAGACGCCUUGUUACUGUUUACAUAUAAAUCUCCCAGUCGAGUUUUGUUAAUGGAGGGGUAGCACAGAUAUUAAUUAAUAUUGAAUGCUGUGGUGGUCUCUAACAUAGCUACUGUCAUAUAAAGUUGCACAUGAGCACUUGGAGGUUAUCAGUACUUUAACUAAGAGCGCUUAAGAGAACUAAAACAGGCAAAAAUGGCAAAUAUUUCUCUGGUUAAGAAAGACAUUAAGAGUUUUAACUGGGUUAAGUAUCAAGAGGGGUUGUUUUACUUUCCUAAAAGUGUGAGCUUCAUCUGAUGUGUACAGAGUGAUCCUAGUGUUCAUUUGUAUUUAAAUGUUUCACCAAAAGAGAGAAAUUAAGGAUUCAGUGGCUUACUUGUAAAAUAUGCUGUAAAAUAACUACAUCUUCUGCGGCUACUGUUUUGCUGUGAGUAUGCAGGUCUUGAAACUCUUUGUGUGCAUGCUUUGCAACACAACAACUUGGGAAUAUUUAUCUAAAUAAGGGAAAAUAUAGGUUAUUUAAAUGUAUAUAAUUUAAAAAAUCUUUCUUUGUGAGUUAAUCUUCUAUAAGAUCAGAGGUAUAUUGGCAUGAAUAGCUGUGUAAUAGUAAGGGUUUUGUGGGGGAUUUGGUUUUUUUUUUUUUUUACUUUAAAUCACUUCAGACAUUUCUAGUGUUCUUUAAAAUACUUUUAACUUAUUAGCAGCUAAUUAUUAGGGGAAAUCUUUGAGAUUUGAGUAAGCAGUUGCAGUGCAUGAAUUGCUUUUAUUAAAAAAUCCAUAGCAAUAUUUGUUUUGAAUAAUAUAUAGUGUCAAAAUGCAUUGUUUUAGAUUUGAAAACUUUUCUUUGAGUUUAAACUUGUAAACUUCACUACAAAGAAAAUUAUUUACCUUUAACACUGCCCAGAUACAUCUGAAACCUCAGAUAGCUUUCUGUGUAAUAGAAUAAGCAAAUAUAUGGUAAAUCAUGUAUAUUUAACAUAGGUAACCUCGCAUUUUUCUUGAUUUACUACUGAUAUGCAGCAAGUGAGUACACAUGUAAUGAAAGAGUAAAGCAUGUGUAUUAAUUGUGCAAGUGAAUUUGUAAUAUAGGUGCAGCGUGUGAAUGAACUUGCUAACUUAGAUCAUAUCUGUAGCAUUCAAACAGGAAGCACAGUUAUUUUAUGUUAGCAUAAAAAGAGAAGAACUCAGUGAAACUUAUAUUUAUGAAAGGGUUGAAAAGGAUAUUAAGUUUUUGAAUUUCUCAUCAGUGUGAUCAUUUCUAAAUAACAGAUUAGUAGGUGCCGGUAAUUAGAAACACUGUGUUUGUAAAUUAAAUCAACAUUCCAUGUAAAUAUUUUAGUUUAUAUACUGAUAAAACCAUCAGCUCUGGGCAGUUGUAUCCUAAAUGCAUAUUUAGCCUUGGGCUCAUUGAAUUUGGUUUAAAAUUAGAUGAAACAAUUGAAAUACAGCAACAACAAAAAUUUAGGAGUUUUUGAAUGUUUGUACUGGAAUUAUUGACACAUAUUAUAUAUCGCUAUUGACACGUAUCCUGUAGUUGAACAGCCUAAUGUAAUUUCAAACAUAUCUGUCAGAUUUCACUAUUUUUUCUGGUGGACUUAAGGUUGUUUGUAACACAAAUAACAUCUCAGUGAUUUAUAUUAAUUGCAUGAAAAUCACAGUCAUAGUGUGCGCUGGAGAAAUGUUCUCUAUUUUUUAACUAUUCAAAAUGUAAUUAUUUGUACAGAGAAUGUUCUUCAGCAAAUCACUGGAGGCUACACCUGCAAGAUGCUGAGUGCCCUCACUUUCUUUUGCAGACAGCUGCAGCUGAGGGUGCUCUGCACUUCUCAGGGUCUGGUCCUUUUAUACCAGGGGAGAGUCAGUCAUAUUAAACAAUAUGCUAAUACUGCUAGUAAACUGUCACGUAUCAGACCACUAUUGUACUAUAUCUUUUAAAUAAGGGAACUGUUUUUGCAAACUGUAAUGGUCUGAAAACCCUGUUAGAAACAGAGGGAUUCUGGAUGCCCUGCAGGCUUGUUGCCGGCGCUGUGAUGUUCUUUUGAAACAAUUUUAAGACUUAUUCCCAUAUUGGUGGGGUCUAGGAGGGCCUCAUACAAUAUUCUUACUUUGUGGGUGAUAGACUGAAAGCUCCACAACACUUUGUUCCUUUUUCAGAGAAGCUUGCUUUCUGAUCCUCUGUGAGGCAAUGGCAGUAUUUAACACAGGGUGGUCACAUACCUUUUUCCUAGCAAGAAGUUAAUUUAAUUGUCCUGGUGAUGAGAGAACAAGGACAAAUGAAACCAUGUAUACACACAGCAAACAAAAGGAAUAAAGUGUGGGGGAAUCUUUAAGCUCUUAGAAAUAAGUUUUUAAUGAGUUAUUAGAAAGGAGAAUGGGACAGCCCAUUCCAGUAAAUCUUUCUUUAAAAACUAGCAUUAUUGCAGUGUGUUCUUACCAAGAAAAGUAGAGGCUGCCAUAUAUGGUACUAGGUCAAGACAAAAAAUGUUUUAGCUUGUCAGUUUUAUUGAUUGGACAAGAGCGUGCCCAUUUUACUGAAUUACAAACCCACUUCUUGAUAAACUUCCUCCAUUACAAUAAAAAUACUGUAUGUUUAUGACUCAUAAGGUUUUAUGGAUAAAGGUGACAAAACAUGUCUUAAAUAUUAUGCAUAUUCAAUUUGUGCUGUUUGGUUUUUAGAUAAUUGAAUGUUUUUACAUCCAAGUACAGAUUUUUUAUUGUAUUUUUGCUGUUUUCCAUAGUAAAACAAAUGUUAUUUUAUACUAUUGUAUCCAGCUCUGUACUUGAAGUUGCUAUCAAUUCAUACAUUGAUGUUAUGCCUGAAAUCUCAUUUUACCUUCUUAUGCAGAACAAUAAAUUAUUGAUAUAAUCGA